AUGUUAUUAAAUAAAUCAUUAUUGCUCUUAGUUGCCUUUGUUUUUGCUAUCGUUUCAGCCACUACCUACAGCGAAUUCAAAAUUACAGGUACCAACCCACUUACUCAAGAAACCUGUGAUCCAUCCAUUGUCUACACAUCACAAAAUGGAGCUUGCCAAGGUGUUUGUGGUAUGUUUGGUAAAUUAGUUGCAACCUCAAAUUCAACUCAAUUCAAUGUCGAAAUGUAUGGUUCUGCAGGUUGUGUAGGCCCACUUGGAACCACCGGAUUAACUUGUUUACCAAAUGAACAAGUAAUUAAAGUCACCGAAACUAUCUCUGUUGUUUGUUUUGCUGAUAAAGAUGAACCAUCAGGUGAUGAUUCAUCAGGUGAUGAUUCAUCUGCUGCCGCCACCAUGAUUGCUUCUUUCUCUGCCAUCCUUAUCGCUUUAUUAUUUGCUUUAUUAUAA